GUCUGUCUGUGUCUCUUUUUGUUCAAUUCCGCUUUUUCUCAGACACAAAAAUCCCAACAAAAUCAAACCCCUGUAACUCCCACUCCUUUCUCGCCCGGAUCUGUUAAUUUGUUUCGUUUUCUCCCACGUUUUCUCUCGGAUGAUAGGGCUUACUAUAACAGAUCUGGCUCCAAAACGCGAUAAAAAUGGUCAAUUCCCGCACUUUUAGAGGCGCGGAGUAGUGGGCUCAGUUGGGCUUUAGAUUCUUGAGUUGCGAUGGCGGCUAUGCAGAGAGUGUCGCAUUCGAACGUGACCACAAGCGGGGCGAGCGGCUUUGCCUCCUCGACGUCCUCGUGCAAGGGCGGGGGUGCUUCUGCUUCUACUGCUGAAGUUGGGGUUCACGAUCAGUUCCCGGCGGGCCUUAGGGUUCUCGUGGUCGACGACGACUUUACUUGCCUGAAGAUUCUUGAGCAGAUGCUCAACCGCUGCCGCUAUUACGUUACCACUUGCUCUGAGGCUACUGUCGCUUUGAAUCUCCUACGGGAGAAGAAGGGGUGUUUUGAUGUGGUACUGAGUGAUGUACAUAUGCCUGAUAUGGAUGGUUUUAAACUUCUGGAGCUUGUUGGGCUAGAAAUGGAUCUUCCUGUUAUUAUGAUGUCUGCUGAUGGGAGAACAAGUGCUGUGAUGAGAGGAAUUAGACAUGGGGCUUGUGAUUAUUUGAUUAAGCCUAUUCGUGAGGAAGAGCUCAAAAAUAUAUGGCAGCAUGUUGUUAGGAAAAAAUGGAAUGAAAAUAAAGAACAUGAACACUCAGGCAGCUUGGAAGAGAAUGACCGGCAUAAGCGGGGGAAUGAUGAUACUGAAUAUGUUUCCUCUGGUAAUGAUGGAUCUGAAGGAAUGCUGAAAGCUCAGAAAAAAAGGGGCAAUGCUAAAGAUGAAGAUGAACUUGGAUUGGAAAGUGAUGAUCCUUCUGCAUCCAAGAAACCACGUGUAGUCUGGUCUGUGGAGCUCCAUCAGCAAUUUGUCAGUGCUGUGAACCAACUGGGGCUUGAUAAGGCUGUGCCAAAGCGAAUUUUGGAAUUGAUGAAUGUACCUGGUUUAACUAGAGAAAAUGUUGCUAGCCAUUUGCAGAAAUUUAGGCUAUAUUUGAAGAGGUUAAGUGGAGUAGCUCAACAGCAGAGUGGAGUUUCUAAUACCAUUUGUGGGUCUGUGGACCCAAAUGUGAAACUGGGUUCACUUGGACGAUUUGACAUCCCAGCAUUGGCUGCUUCUGGUCAAAUCGCACCACAAACACUGGCAGCCCUGCAUGCUGAGCUUUUAGGUCGACCAGCAGGUAACCUAGUGGCAGCAAUGGAGCAGCCUGCUCUUCUACAAGCAUCUUUACAGGGACCCAAGCGUAUCCCUGUUGAACAUGGUGUGGCAUUUGGUCAGCCCUUAGUAAAUUGCCAAUCAAAUGUUUCGAAACACUUUCAGCAAUCAAUCAUUCCUCCUGUGGAAGAUGUUUCGUCUGGGUUAGGAGCGUGGCCAUCCAAUAACCUUGGUCCAGUUGCACCUAAUAACAAUCUUGGGGGGAUGAGUGCUCAGAAUAGCAACAUGUUGAUGGAUAUAUUACAGCAGCAGCAGCGACAACAGCAGCAAGAAUCGCAGCAGCAGUCUUUGCUUUCUGAGCCUAGCCGUUCAAUCAAUGUGCAGCCAUCUUGCCUUGUAGCUCCCUCUCAGCCAUCUGCCAAUUUUCAGGCAGGAAACAGUCCUGCUUCAGUCGGUCAGAAUUGUAGCUUUAACAGGAGUUCUGUUAUUGAUUACAGUCUUCUCUCGCCUCAAUCAAAUAAUUCCCCAUUGAAUAUAGGACAAUUCUCUAAUGGGGUUAUGAAAAGUACAGGUGUUCUUAAUGGCUACUCAGCCCCAGGUUCUAUUUCUCCUUCUGUGUCGUCUUGCCCUGUAAAUGUUACUAACAUGGGUCUGCAAGGUCAAGCCACCAUUACAUUUAGUGCUGCCAGACAGUUGCCAGGAAUUGUUCCUAGUAUGCAUGAUAUUCAGGCUUCUUAUGUUGCGAAAAGAGGAGAAGUGCUUGAUCAAGGACCUCUUCGGAAUCUCGGAUUUGUUGGUAAAGGUACUUGCAUUCCAAGUCGAUUUGCAGUAGAUGAUUUUGAAUCACAAAUGAAUAACUUGAGCCAUGGAAAACUAUAUGCGGAGAACAACAGAGUUAAGCAAGAGCCAAGUGUUGAUUUUAUGGAUAAUGCAAGACCGGGCAUCUCUAUAUUACAACAAUUUUCGUCGAAUGAUGUCACGAGUGUUUUUACAGAAUAGGCUUGCACUGUGUGGUGAGAUUGCAACUUAUUGUCAAAUGCUGAGAAGGGAUUGUUGUCAGAGGAAUGCAACACUUCUCAAUUUUUUCUUUUCAAAAUUUGCUCACCGAAUAUGGUCACACAUUUUUAAAAAAUAAUAGAUUGUGACAUUAUUUGGAAAGUAAAUUUUAGAGAAAAAUUUUGGGAAGUGUAGGUAAUUCUUAAUAUUUUUAGGGUAGAUCGGAUUGGCAGUGGCUGUACCAAACUCGGUGCACUGUGGAAGCUUCUUUUAGAAGGAAUUCUUGUUGUGAACAGGUUCACGUGUGUAGGAGAGUAGGAUUAGCUUUUUAAUUAGGGUAGGAAUAAUAAGUUGUGUCAGACAACAGCUUGAAUUGGUUUCCAGCAUGGUGGCAUCUUGCCUGCAUAAUUGUGUAGUUAAUUAGGGCUUUUUUCUUUUUUCUUUUUUUUUUUUUUCUUUUUUUAACGUUAUUGAGAAAUUUCUCAUUUAUUUAUUACUCGUUGGAUCUGCUAAGCUGGUUGUAAAUAUAUUAUUUAUUUCUAUUCUGAGCUACUGCAUGUAAGCUGACCAACCAAACUUAAACUAAUAUAACCUGGGUUUGGUUGGAAACCUCAAAUUGAGGGCUCAAAGCUUGCAUUGUUGCUACUA